AGAGUUUCCUGUAAAUAGCAAUGUUAAGGUUCCUGUUUGAAAACUCAGUUUCCAUACUUCCGUCCAUGGCAUUUACGAUCGUUAUCAUCAUCUGCUGUCUCACAUCUCUAGCCUUGAACCCUGUGAUCUUCCUCUUCAGCAGAAGAAAAAAUUCUGUUGCAGCAUUCCUGUUUACCAUCCUCUCCUCAAUCGAUUUUCUCUACUGUUUCACUCUUCCUUUUGUCCUGUUCUCAGAAGCUAAUGAAAUUCUAGAGGAGGGUAGGUGGUGUUUCGGACUUACAGAAGAUGAAUAUUGGAACUGUGUUUUUCCAGCCUCUACGGGGCACAAAGUGAGCACGGUAAUAAUGCACUGUCUGGACUCCGCGGCUGUUUCAACUACAGGAUUACUUGCCAUCACCCGCUACAUUCAAUUAAAAGAUCCACUGAAAGAUGUAAGGAAGAAGAUAAUAUUACUCUUUAUCGGUGUGGCUUUCACUGUCAUACUUUUCCUACAGUUGUUCAAUCUGUUCAGCCCAAUGCACAAGACGUAUUACAGCCCGUUGUUGAUGCUAGCCCUGAAUGUGAACCCAUACAAUAUAGGGCUAUCCUGGCGAAGUCAGUACGUCUCUGUUAUCAUUACCAACGCAGGCACUAUCAUGGUACAGAUAGGAGCUCUCGUCUCAUCUAUACUGGCUGCUGCACAUAUCCUCUUCGUUAAAAACAAUAUAAGAGUCCUAGGAAUUGGGAACAACAACAAGAUCAACUGUGUCAGACGAAGAGAGCGAAGUCAGAAGAUCCUGUUGACUAAUCUACCGAGCGUUCUAAUCCUCCUCCGGAUGAUGAUUGAAGCUCCUAUUUGGUAUCUGGCUCGUAGAAGUGGCAGUGGGUUAUACUCCGAGGUGCAAGGGUGGAUUAUCUUCUCCUUUCACCGCAUGUUACCACUGUUAGCUUCUACAUGGAACCCAGUAGUCUUCAUCAGCAUGACUCCUAAAUCCAGAGAGUUGCUUAAAAGCACGUUCCGCUCUACGAGAACGAGUCUGAGUAGUUUAAAGCAGAGAAGUACCAACGGAAAGAGAAAAGAGCAGGACACAGCAGUAAACGAGCUGGCGUUCUUCUUUCCCAAUUUUAAAAACGAGACAGCUGGAUUGGAAAGAACUCUGUGCAUAAUUCGUCCCGACACCAACAAGCAGUACAAGGAAACGAUUCUAUCCAGACUAACAGAGCUAGGGUUCAGUAUCGCACUCCAACGAGAGUUCGUGAUGACCCGCACCAUGGCCGAGACCUUUUACCGGAAACACCGUGAGGAGCCGUUCUUUGAAGUGCUGGUAUCCCAGAUGAUCAGCGGUCCUAGUUUAGUUCUAGCUUUGUGUAGCAGGGACGCUGUCAGGCAAUGGAGGAGUGUCCUGGGGCCGACCUUGGUACCAGAAGCUAAGGAGACUGCUCCAGAAAGUAUGCGAGCUACUUUCACUACAGAUGAUAUUAUUAACGGUCUGCAUGGUAGUUCUACUGCCGAGGAAGCUGUUGAUGAACUCAACUUCUUCUUCCCUGCUGAACAAACCGUCGCCUGUAUAAAACCUGAAAUGAUGGAGAAAAAAGAAGAAAUAAUGAAGAGGAUUGAAGAAGCUGGUAUAGUAAUACAGGCACAGAAAACAGUUACAUUAUCUCAAGACGAGGCAGGCUCCUUUUAUGACGAGCACAAAAACAAGGAAUUCUACGGAGACCUCUGCAGUUAUAUGGCCAGUGGGGAGUCAACAUUUUUGGUCCUCUCUGCAAACAACGCUGUCGAAAAAUGGCGGGAAAUUAUUGGUCCAGCAGAUCCGAGUGAGGCAAAAGCGACUAAACCGCAGUCUCUUCGGUCAAAACUAGGUAAGGACAUCUUGAAGAACGGACUACACGGCAGUUCCUCGGCUGAACAUGCCCUUAAGAGUAUAGAGCAGAUAUUUGGAGCCAGCAUGACGAUACGUAGCAGUAAGAGCAAAUCUUUCACGAGCCAAGGUCUGGAUACUUCUGAGGGCAUAGCAGAGAUAGGAAGCGUGCAAGGAGCGACCGAUAAGACUGAGAAUGAUGUGUGUAGUGAUCUCCCAACUGACAGUCCUAAAGAUAACAAUAAAUCGUCAUCUCAACGCACUCUGGAAGAUGCAGAGAAGUCAGAUUCGAAUGAUAAUGAAGCUAAAGGAGAGACGGAGCAAAAAGAGGUCGAUAGCCCAGAAAAACAGGCAGAACCUAGUUCGGGAGAACAAGCUGGAGAAGAAGAAAAGCAAGAAGAAGAGACAGCGGUAAAGGAAGAACAAGGUGAGGAAGUUAAACCGCCUGCAGUAGAAAGUGAGCAAGUCCAUAACGCCGACGGAGAAGUUGAAACGGUCGAUGCACUUCAGCCGUCCAUGACUAAUAUGUCAGAAGGAUUAUCCCCGAUAUCGGAGGGACAGGAGGAUUACUUUCAGGACUCAUUCAACUCCGACUCAUCUGUUUUACGAGAAGCUAGAGAAACUUUAGAGAACGAGGUGACGAUGACAAACACCCCUGAUCACACAGGGGACGAACUAGAAGAGCUACCAGCUGAUAGUGAUAAAGAGGGGACGACGCCGGUGCCUGAAAAGAAAGAAGAUUGAAACAAUUAGCUAAUUAGAGAGCGAAGGAUAAUGAAACUGGUCUUCUGUUCGCUGGACGAUGAACGUUGAAGAUGUUUUAGACUUUCAUUUUGAUUUGAUCAGAGUAUUUAUACGAACCCGCAACAACUGCUCCAAAGAAACCUGAAUGGGACUGACAGCAUUGGUGUUAUUGUUAUCAUUUUCGUGUAUUAUAUGUGUGAAUAUUGUGUAUGGAAUUAUCUUGUUUGACUUUAUAUAAAUGUUCCUGUGAGUGGAGUACAGACUACAAAGUACAAGUGGAGUACAGACCUGUACCAGAGAUACGAUGUCUUAUGUCUUAUUUAAAGCUUUUGUUGUAAAGGCAUUUAUUGUUAUUGUGAACUGCGCUCAUUAUCAAUUCUAUCUAUGACAAUUAAUAUUAUUAAGAGGUAGAUAAUUGAAUGAUGAAUAUGACGACCUCUAUAUUUGAAUACAGUCAAACCUCUAUAUACUGUGCCUCUCUAUACCCGGUUCCUCGAGAUACUAUACCGCGCCUCCUCCUUUCCCCAAAACAUUUGGUUAAUUAGCUCGUUUUGUGCAAGAAGUGUAGGCCUAAUGGGAUAAUGGUACACUUGACAUGUUAAUUGAGAGGCUACAUACAUUGGGGAUUGGGAGUAUGUGAAUCUCUCUAUACCGGGUUUUUUCUACACCAUGCACUUUUCAUUUCCCCGGAGAGGCCCGGUUUAUAGAGUAUAAUAGUUAUAAUUAUUAAUUUUAUUAUCAAUUUUAUCGAUUGUAAAAGUAAUAAUACAAUGAUGUAAAAACCUUUUAAUUAAUUCGGUUAAAUUGAGCAGAAUUGUGAAUUCUAAAAUGUUCUAUCGUACAGCUUAUUGUGAUUUCAUUUUUGACCAGAA